AUGUACACUAGAUCUUUCUCCUUUCUGUCCGCAUCCCACUCGUUCCUCCCACAGAGGUCCUGGCAAGGAGACCCUAUGCAGGUCCUGGCAAGGAGCCCCUACGCGCGAUACAGGCUCCUUAAUGACCCGGUGGGGCUGCAGGCAGCCUACGUGGCAGCAGUGGGGCUGUCGCACGGGAUUAUAGUGGAGGUUGACAAUAAGGGGGUGAUCACAAACGUGCUGGAGGAUAAGCUGGGGAGGAACGUGGUGGCAGCCAGUGAGGUUGUGGAGAAGAAGGGGAGGCUGUGGAUUGGAUCUGUGAUGGUUGAUGACAUGGCGGUCUUGAAAUACUCUCCCCCCAACAACACUGUUUCGAAAAAGGAAGCUUAA